AUACUUUCCCCUCCCUUGCGACGAACUACGUACCUAAACUUAGGUAUAAACUGGCAAGCUUUGAAAUCACCCACUAUUUGCUUCCUAAUGCCAUUCCACCACACCUUCAAGCCCAACCGGACCAACCUGACCAAGCCGAGUACCAAGAGGAACAUGAACAUGCCCAACACCACAUCCCCGACCCCCCCUCAAAACCCACCACCGCAAGACUUUUUCCAACAACUAUUGGAGGGCCAACAAGCACUACUUGCCAGGUUCAACACCAUGAACCUCAACUACACGAACAUGGGUGAACAACUUGCACAAGUCCGAGAGGAGCAACGGGCGGGUUUCCAAAGAAUGGAGGAGCUACGACAAGCCGACCUCCACCGCUAUGAAGAGGACUAUCGUAGAGUUUAUGGUCCUAUUGACUCAUAUAUAGCCCAUCACGGAGAUUUCUCAUCUAUAACUUCACCACCACCGGCACCUUCUUGGUAUAACCCCUCCGAUUGGGGAAAUUUUGGUGGCUCUAGUUCCGGUGGUGGAGGAUACAACGGUGGGGACACUCUAUGGGAGACGGUGAUGAUGUACAUGGGAGCGGCUUUGGAGGUGGCUAUUAUGGCGGAGAAGGCGGGCACUAGGGAUAGUGCCAUGAUUCAAGUGUGGGGGAGGGAAAUUCAUCUCUUGGACAUCAUCUAUUGAAGAAAUGAAGAAGAAGAAAAUGAGAAGAGG